CUUACAGUUUCCGGUUCCGGAUCAAAAUUAUCACAAACAAGUGAAAUGUUGACCCGAUUGUCGCGGUUCGGGCCCGCUUUGCCCCGGUUACUCUCUAAUGCACCGGCUCGGUUCGUGUCCCAGUCCAAACCGAGUGGGUCCGCUGGUUCCACGGCUGUGACGGAGCUGCACCCCGCCGCGGAGCAGGCUGGACACGGUGAGGUCAGCCCUUAUGUCAAGAAUCCAGAUUACCAUGGCUUCUCCACUGACCCUGUGGUGGACGAGUGGAACAUGAGACUGGGCUUCUUUUUCGGCAUCUCAGUGGCUCUGGUUAUUGGAGGAACAUUUAUCCACUACCUGCCAGAUCACGGCAUGCGGCAGUGGGCCAGGAGGGAGGCGGAGCGUCUGAUCGUGCAGAGGGAGCAGGAGGGACUUCCUCUCAUCAGUGAGAACUACUAUGACCCGAGCAAGAUCAGUCUGCCCACAGCUGGAGAGGAGUAGGCUGUCCCACACCCACCUGCUGUAUUUCAUGAUUAUUGUAUUCCACUAAGACCCAAUAAAUGAUGACUUGUAAAUUGUGUAA